AUGGAUCCAGACCAGCAAGAAGCUCUAAAUGACAUUCAGAAUUCUGUCUAUAGAACAGCCCUGAAACUACGCUCAGUGCAAACCUUGUGCCAGUUGGGUUUGACUGAUGUCUCCCUGAUUCAGCACAUCCUGCCGAGCCACCAGUGUCAGAGGGAGAAGCAGAGCUCCCUGACAACACAGCAGCUAUCACAGUUGCUGAAGGAGCUAUUCCAGAAUGCCAGAUUAGAUAAACCAGGCCAGGUAGAUCCAAAAGCCCCUGAGCUCACCCAGAACCUGCUAACUGCCAUGUAUGACAGGACUGGAACAGGGUUUAUCAAAGCCAGAUCGGCCGCAGCUGCCCUAAUUGCUCUCUCAGGAGACAGUCUGCUUACUAAAUACAAAGCUUUGUUUCAACUCUAUGCUGACCCCAAUGGGAGGAGGACCCUGAUCACUCGGAGUGCCAUGAGGAGUCUGCUGACAGACUUACAUCAGAUCCCAGCCAUUGUGGGGGAAAGCUGUGCUCCUUCUUGUGUGGAAAUUGCUAUUCGAAGCUGCUUCCAUGGGGUUCUGAACUCAGCAAUCGGUGAAGAGAAAUUCCUAUCUUGGCUACAAUCUGAACCUGGCCUUCUCCUGUGGCUUCCUACCUGUUAUAGAUUAUCAGCCACUGAAAUGGUUAUGCAUCACGUUAGAUGUAGCAUCUGUAAGAAUUUCCCCAUCACUGGACUAAGGUAUCGCUGUCUGAAGUGCCUGAAUUUUGAUCUUUGCCAAGUCUGCUUCUUCACUGAGCGUCAGAGCAAACCACACAAGAGGUCACACCCUGUGAUGGAGUACUGUGUGAAGCAGAUGUCAGCAAAGGAGAAUGCAAAGAUCUUUUUUCGCACUGUCAGAAACAACCUGCUUCAAGAGCGCUGCAGAAGAAAGGAGGCUCGGAGAAGGCAGACACUGGAAAUGAUGGAGGGAGGGGACUUCCCAGAACAUGAGCAAGCACCGCCCUCUACAGAGCUCAGCACCUCCACCCAGCCUGCCCAUCGUUACCUAUCCUCCCCAGCAUACAGACUGGCCCCAGCGUUAUCCAAGCACUUAGCUGAAAAGGGGUCUGCAGUACAGCAGAUUGACAAUGACAACAGGGCACCAGCACAAGACAAGACAUCAGCACAGGCAAUAGCCUCUGUUGAGGCAGAAUUAUUAAAAGUUCGUGAAUCCAUCAAAGCCCUUCACAGGGAGAAGAGGUACCUGAGAAAGCAGUUAAACAAAUGGAAAGACAAAGUGCUGCUCCUCCACAACUCCCAGGAAGACAAAAGCUGCAGACUAGAAGCAAAGCUCCAAGCCCUGAUAGCAAACCAUGAGUGUGUGCAGGCGGAGCUGCAGCAAAUGAGGCAGGAAAUAAAGGCAAUGUUACAACCACCAAACUAUCCUUCAUUUGGAUUGUGUCAAAAUAUGAUGCCACAAAGUGAAGACCCCUGGGAGGAAAGAAAGCUUCACAAUGGAUCAGAUUCAGCUCUGGCAAAACCCAUCCCCACUAGCUCUACUGAGUGGAAAUCCCUGGAUCCCUCCUCAGCUGCAGAAAAAAGACAGCUAUUACAGACUCCGACUGAUCCAGUUGCAAUGAACCGGAGAUCAUCCGGUACCACUUUAGGGUCGAUAUUCCUGCCGAAUGGCAACCCCCUAAUGAGGCAGCAUGAAAAAUCAAAAGAGAAGGGAAUUCCUCAGACGGAUCAGGAGGGGAUAUCACAACCUGAAAGGACCGGGAACCUUCCCCAGGGAAUUAUGACCACAGCUUCUAGCCCCACUGCUGCAGAAGUGCCAUUUAAUGAGAAGGAGGUGAAUGAAGAGAAGGAACUGCAGCAGCUAGUGCUGAAGCUGAAGGAUGCUUUAUCUCUCCAACUGCAACCAGCUCAGCAGUCUGCUAUAAAGCAGGAGUUGGUCUCCACAGCUGAGCAUGUUUGCAGGUCUUUCUCUGACCUCAUCAACCAUGUGACUUUGCCUGCUUGGAAGAAAUAG